AUGAAUUUUUUAUCAUUUCCAGAAUACAAUGGAUCUUGCCAUCCAGAAGAUUGGUUGCGUAAUUUUAAAUUCAUUGCAACCUUUCAAGAAAAGAUGGUAACAGAAACAGAAUUAGUUAGACUUGCACUCUUAAAAAUUAGUCGUUCAAUUUAUAGAGAUAACAAUAACAGUAUUACCAAUUUCUCUCAACUUCUUGAAUUCCUUAAAGCUGAUCCUUCAUUUACUAUUUUUAAAAUUAACUCAGAACAAAAACUUUUGUCUUUACGUUUUACAUAUUUAACUGAUAUAAAAGAUUUUAUCAUUGAACUACGGCAAUUACUAUCAGAUGCUGAAAUUUUUGAACUUAAGUUACAAAAACAGUCUAUAAUAAAAAUUUUACCUAGUAAAUUAUUCCCAGACACAUUUAGUUUAAAGAUUGCUGAAUCUCAAAAUAUUCAUGAAGUUUUUAUAAAUCUCCAAAAUUUUCUAUUUCAAUAUAAACGAAUAAUUAAAUAUGGUUCAGUAAUUACUUUAUGUCAUGUUGAUACUGGCAAAUUAUUAUCAAGUUCGUUGAAUAGGUAUACUGGUGGAUCACAACAAUAUUGGGUAUUUGCAGUAGAUCGUCGUCCAACUGAUUACGAGUCAUGGACUAUAAUGCCAGAGGUUUCUAAAAGCGGAAUACCUCCAGUAUAUGGUGGUAACAAAGAAAUAGGAUCACCGGUAUAUUAUGGAGACAGAAUAACACUCAGAAACAAUGGCACUGGACAGAAAUUACAUUCACAUGAUCCUAUGCGCUUUAAAUCCCCAAUAACUUCUCAAGUGGAAGGUAUAAAAACUCCAUUUUUUAUGACUUUGAAUAAUUGA